AUGGUCGUUUUAGAGGAGGUAGAUGUGAAGUUAGUAGUGUUGGUGAUGGUGGUGGGGGUGGUGGUGUUGGUGGUCAAGGGAUGGAGGGGAGGUGACAGAGGUGGUGGUGAUGGCUUCAGUGGUAGAGGUGAUGCUUGCGGUGGAUUUAGUGAUGUUAGCAGUGUUAUGGAAGGUGAUGAUCAUGGAGGAGGGGGUUUAGGUGGUGGUGGUGAUAAAGGUGGUGGUAGUGGUGACGGAGGUGAUGGUGGUGGAGAGGGCAGCAACAUAGGUGUUGGUAGUGGAGGUGGUUAUGGAAGAAUGAGUAUAGGUGGUAGUGAUGGUGGAGGUGGAGGUGAUAGUGGUGGUGAUGGUUGCAGAUGUAUCGGUGGAGGUUGUGGCGGAAACAACAACAAAGAUGAUUGUUAUGGUGGAAGGGUGGAGGUGGUGGUGGCAGGAAUGGAUGUGGUAAUAGCGGCAAAGGUGGUGGCAUUGGCGAUAGAGGUGAAAAUUGUAGUGGUGUUGGCAGAAUAG